UGAUUUUUGAUACCAAAACCUUUCCAAGCAAACAGCUGAUAGCGAACUUUGCCCCUCCUUCAAAGCAAUGCAAGGUUGCUGCUCCUUUGGAGAGAAUCCUUUCAACCACUCACCAAAGCAACCAAAAAUCAUCCAACCGUCCCAUCCCAAGCCCAAGGAGGACCACUUCCCGUUUCUUGAGUAAUCUCCAAGCCUUCCUCUAUUCCUAGUCUCUUCCUCUAUCUCCAACUCCCCACCCAGAGAAGAAGAACCCAAGCAAAGAAUCCCCCACGAUGGGAAACCGGCGGCCCGGCCUCGCCGCGCUCUUGCUCUCAUCGGUCGUCGUCGUUGUCUUCGCCGUCGCCGCGGCCCUCUCGUGCGUCGCUGCCGAGAUCAAGAAAACCAAGGUGAGGCAACUCAAAUGGGAUGGCAAGCUAUGCUACUUGCCCCGGAGCCAUGCGUUCAAGUACGGGGUCGUGGCACUGGCUUGCCUCUCGGCAGCGCAGGUAGUCGGGUACGCCGCGAUAUGCUCCGGCUUUUGCUCGAGAGACGGGAAGAGCUUCGAGAGGCGCGGAGGGAAGAGGCUGACAAAGGCGGCUCUCUUUGUGGUUUCAUGGACGAGCUUUGGGGUGGCGGCAGCGGUGCUUGGAGCGGCGACCAGCAUGAGCAGAGAGCAGCCCUACGGGAGAGGAUGGCUGGACGGGGAAUGCUACCUGGUCAGAGACGGAGCGUUCGUGGCCUCGGCAGUACUGGCCGUGAUCGCAUCAGGCACCACCCUCUGCCUUGCUGUGAUGUCCAUGAAGAAGGGCCGGACCGAGCAAGACCUUAAGCUGCACCCGCAAGCGGGCUGACAAAAAAAAAAAAAGUAGAAUUGGUCGCGAAAGUACACACAAAUCGACUCGUUUUUUUGUCCGGAGAUCCGUCGCUAGUUCGCCCUUUCCCAAGGAGUGUUGCGCCGGUCGAGAGGACCCGAUUUUGAUUCGCGACAAUUAGUAAUAAGGGUGAGAAUAGCAUCUUUAAGAUCUUGGUAAUUCUUUGCCGGAAGCAUGUAAUGGCAUGUUUGGUGGCGAUGAAGCACUUCUCUAUGAACCGGAGCAACUUACCUUGGUCAAGAGAGAGAGCAUCUGUAAUAAUUACGAUAGCUAAGGUAG